AUGAGGUUCUCCUCCCUAGCCUGGGGCCUGCUCCUCGGGGCUACUGCCCGGGUAGCUGCCCAGGACGACUUCGAAGACGAUGAAAUACCAGAGGACAAGUCCCUGGAAACGACCACGUUUGAUGGUAUCAAGGUCCCUCCGAUGCUCGAACUCACCCCGGACAACUUCGAGGCAGAGAUCAAGAAGUCAAAAUACAUGCUGGUCAAACACUACAGUCCAUACUGCCCACAUUGCCAGGAUUUUGCGCCAAUCUAUCGCACGCUGUACGAGUUCUACUACACCGAUCCGGCACCGGGCCCCGGCAAAUCGUUCGAAGAAUACUAUGACUGGCGCUUUGCAAUGAUAAAUUGUGUCGCAUUCUACGAUCUAUGCGCCGGAAACGGGGUCCAGUCCUACCCGACGUCGAUGCUGUUCAUAGACGGUGUGAAGAACGAGAGUUACAGAGGUGUUAAGAGCUUGAAAUUCCUGACCGACGCCAUCGAACCCGUGCUCGAGCGCGAGAGACCCGGAUCCAGACCGAAGGCACUGUUGCUUCCCGAACCCCUCGCCACGGCUCGUCCAAAGGCGGCCGAUGAUUCGAAACUAGCUUCGGUUCCCAAGCCCGAUGCCCAGCCGCAGAUAGAGCUCAGGGAGCCUGCUAAGGCUGGUUCUGGAGCGGCGGCUCCUGUGGCUCCUGCAGCUGCCGCCCCUGCUGUCGAAGAACUGGGGUCUCUUAAGGCCGAGAAGCCCAAGGCUGCGGACCCCAAGGCACCAGCUCCCGCGAAAGUUGAGCCUGAGAAACCGGCAAAGCCCACAAAGACCCCAAACCCGAACGGCGCUUCCGUCCCCCUGACGGCGGAAAGCUUCCAGACGAUGGUAACGAUGACCCAUGAACCGUGGUUCAUCAAGUUCUAUGCUCCCUGGUGUCACCACUGCCAAGCCAUGGCGCCUAACUGGCAGCAGCUUGCUAAAGAAAUGAAGGGCAAGCUGAACAUUGGCGAGGUCAACUGCGAAGCAGAAAAGCGACUUUGCAAGGAUGCUCGUCUCCGUGGCUAUCCGACCAUCCUCUUCUUCAGAGGCGGUGAGCGAGUAGAGUAUGAGGGUCUCCGAGGCGUUGGUGACUUUGUUACCUAUGCUGAGAAGGCUAUCGACCUCUCCAACGGUGUCCGCGAUGUUGACGCCGAUUCUCUCGCGGUUAUGGAGGAGAAGGAAGAGGUCAUCUUCAUCUACUUCUACGACCACGCGACCACAAGUGAGGAUUUUGCGGCUCUCGAGCGAUUGCCUCUCAGCCUCAUUGGCAAAGCCAAGCUGGUCAAGACCCAGGAUCCCAAGCUGUACGAAAGGUACAAGAUCACGACUUGGCCGCGGCUCAUCAUUUCUCGGGAAGGAAGACCAACAUACUACAACCCUCUGACGCCAAAUGAGAUGCGAAAUACUCGUCAGGUUCUUGAGUGGAUGAAAUCAGUCUGGCUACCUAUUAUCCCGGAGCUUACCGCAUCAAACGCUCGUGAAAUUAUGGAUGGCAAGAUAGUGGUCCUGGGCAUCCUCAAUAGGGAAGACCAAGAAUCAUUCUCUGGCGCUAUCAGAGAAAUGAAGAGCGCGGCUACUGAGUGGAUGGACAAGCAAAUCCAACUUUUCCAGUUAGAACGUCAGGAGCUGCGUGAUGCAAAGCAGUUGCGGAUCGAGGAAGCCGAGGACCGUGGAGACCAGAGAGCGCUCCGAGCUGCCAAGAGCCAACAGGUCAACAUGAACCGAGCAGAUCGGAAGGAGGUUGCAUUUGCGUGGGUCGACGGAGUAUUUUGGCAGAGGUGGAUCCGUACCACAUAUGGUAUUGAUGUGAAGGAUGGUGAGAGGGUCAUCAUCAAUGACGAAGACAAUCGUCGUUAUUGGGACCAAACCAGCACGGGCAACUACAUUGUCCCGUCGCGCACCUCAAUCUUGGAGACUAUCAACAAGGUCACCGCGCAGCCCCCAAAGCUCAAGCCGAAGCUGACCAUCUCGAGCUUCGAGAAGAUCUUUUUCGACAUGCGGGUCACAUUCUCCGAGCACCCGUACCUCACUCUCGGUUGUAUCUUUGGUCUGAUCCUUGGCUCCGCAUCAUGGUUCCGUGGUCGCCACAGGAGGAGAAACGGUCGUCCUUUCCUGAGCGAGGACUUCAAAGCACCUCUUCUCGGCUCCAACAUCAACGGUAAGACGGACUGA